AUGUUAUAUAUGUUUACUGCCAUAUCUUCAUUAAAGAAAUUGCUUGACAUUGAUAACAAAAUUCAAAUCACAGAAGAUUUUGAAAACUCAAAUACUGUAUUCAAUGAUGAUUUAGAUUUACAAGAAGAGAUUGAAUUUAUUGAUGAACCAGAAACAUUGGAUGUUAAAAUAGAAACAAAAAUAAAUCAAAUUAAAUUUAACAUUUCACAAAACUGUAAAGAAAUAACAAUUCUUGAUCCCAGAAAUAAAAAAAUAGAGUUCGCUAUGAAUAAUCAAAGGCUCGAAACCAAAACUUAUUUGGCAGAUAAAUACGAAACAGUUCAGAAGUCAGAGUCAAAACCAAAGCCAAUUAGUAUAACGCAGAUGGAUAAUAAGGAAGGGAAAGAAAAUGUAUUAUUAGCUGCCAUGUAUACACCUACUCAAGAUCCUGGAAUAAACGAAGAAGUUCAACUUUAUCUUGCACUUCCAAAAAUUUUAAGUGCGCAAUGUCCGUUAAAAUGCAACCGACUUUUUAGUGAUGCAGGAAAUCUUAUGACCGUAAAACAUGGUUGCUUAAAUGUGGAUCUGUUUGAACGAAUGUUAUUUCUUAAAAGGAACGUAAAUUAUGUUAGAGCAAUGUUCCCUCAAGAUUAG